GAUAGUCUCAGAGAGAUGUACCAGUUCGACUUGUGGUGGCCAGAUCUGGCCAUGCUCGAGGCUAGCAUUAUCCUCGUCAAUAAGCGAGAUAGUAAUCUCGCUUCCGGUACAGUACCGAUGUCGCUCACGUUUCCUUCCGACACAAGUACGGAAGUAGUAGACGCCGAGCUGCUUCGGCAGAUGCUUAGGAUGCUCAUUACGGCAAGACACGACGCGGACGAUGCCCAGACAACUGAUGAGGGUGGUGAUGAUUCCACGCCCAUGACGAAUUGGAUCAGGAUUCGCGAGGGACGAAAGUAUGAUCGCAGUCCUGCGUCCUCGGGUGAGCAAAUACCCGAAGUGGAACUCGUGUGGGGAGACACUGGAUUCCGGCUCGGUCAGAAGCGCGUGCGUCAGGUCAACUAAGAGAAGAUAACUAUCCGUCUGGGUGUGAUCUAGCUUCUCACGUUCGUCUUACAGAGAAAAUCAUGAACUCAAUGAACUUCCCAGUUGCAGUAUGAUACAAGGUUGGGUGGAUAAUCUAUGUACGCAAAUAUUUACAGUCAAGAAUACUAAGAUAAUUGCUCAUGGCUUUG